AUGGAAUGUAAAACAAUUGCCACAGGAGAUAAGAUUGCUGAAUGUCCCAGAGAACCAGAAUUGUUCUUGUCCAAGCAGGAAAGGGUUGAAGAUAUAUUUCUGUUACUCAUUUAUCCUUCAUGGUCAUAUGUGAAGAGGCGGGUCCCAGGUGAGAAGAAGGCCGAAGAAGAGGGGAAAAAGGUGAAGAAUCAAGAUGCCUCAAACUUGAUAAUUCAUAGUGGUGAGAAGCCCUAUGAAGAUGAAGAAUGUGGGAAGGCCUUUAGUUGUGCCUCAAACCUUGCUCAACGCAGAAGAGUUCAUAUUGGUGAGAAAUCCUGUGAAUGUGGGAAGGCCUUUAGUGUAUAUGGACUUACUCGGCAUCAUAGUAUUUGUACUGAUGAGAAACCCUAUGAAUGUAACACGUGUGGGAAGUUCUUUAGUGAAAGUUCACCCCUUAAAAUACAUCAGAGGAUUCAUACUGGUGAGAAACCCUAUGACCAUAAGAAAUGUGGGAAGGUCUUUAGAAGGUGUGAAGGACUUAUUCGACAUACUAGUGUUCAUACUGGUGAGAAACCCUACAAAUGUAAAAAGUGUGGGAAGUCCUUUAGUGCUGGUUCAACCCUUAAAGUACCUCAGAGGAUUCAUACUUGUGAGAAACCUUAUGAAUGUAAGGAAUGUGGGAAAGCCUUUCACACUGCUUCAUACCUUGUUAUAUAUGAGAGAAUUCACACUGGUGAAAAAACUUUUGUGUGGAAACCAUAUGAAUGUAAGGAAUGUGGGAAGGCCUUUAGUCGUCAUACAGACCUAAGAGUACAUCAAAUAAUUCAUACUGGUGAGAAACCGUAUGAAUGUAGGGAAUGUGGCAAGACCUUUAGUUGUCUUACAGACUUUAAAGUACAUAAGAGAAUUCAUACUGGUGAGAAACCCUAUGAAUGUGAAGAAUGUGGGAAGGCCUUUAGUCGUGCCUCAAACCUUGCUCAACAUGGAAGAGUUCAUACUGGUGAGAAAUCCUAUGGAUGUAAGGACUGUGGGAAGGCCUUUAGUGACGUUGGAACACUUAGAAUACAUCAGAGAAUUCAUACUGGUGAGAAACCCUAUGAAUGUAAGGAAUGUGGGAAGGCCUUUAGUCAAGCCUCAAACCUUAUACAACAUGACAGGAUUCAUACUGGUGAAAAACCCUAUGAAUGUAAAGAUUGUAGGAAAGCUUUUAGUCAUGCUUCACAUCUUGUUAGACAUGAGAGAAUUCAUACUGGUGAGAAACCCUAUGAAUGUAAGGAGUGUGGAAAGACUUUUAGGAGUAGCCAUCAACUUACUAUACACCACAGAUUUCAUACUGGUGAGAAACCCUAUGAAUGUAAGGCAUGUGGGAAGGCAUUUAGUGUGUAUGGACGCCUUACUCGACAUCAGAGUAUUCACAGUGGUGAGAAACCUUUUGAGUGUAACAAAUGUGGGAAGUCCUUUAGGCUCAGUUCAAGCCUUAAAGUACAUCAGAGUAUUCAUACUGGUGAAAAACCCUUUGAAUGCCACAAAUGCGGGAAGUCCUUUAGACUUAGUUCAAUGCUUAAGGUACAUCACAGAAUUCAUACUGGAGAGAGACUUUAUUGGAUAUAUGUAUAG